CACAUUAGCCAAUGUCAAAUAUCUUUUAAUUCCUCUGUUAAUCGUUAAAAACAAUGUGUAUAUCAGUUUUUAUUUAUUACCAACACGGCACCUUAUAUCUUAAUGUAAACAUAAAAUGCGAUCAAAUUUUAAUUAUAAUCAUUGAUGUACAAAAUACUAAAAAUAAAAAUAGUGCAGUGCGAAUAAGUGAUGGAUAUAUCAAACGAUUUUGGGCAUACAGUUUAUAAUCUGCUUUUCCACACAUUAGUCAAUGCCAAAUAUCUUUUAAUUUCUCUGUUUAUCGUUAAAAACAAUGUGUAUAUCAGUUUUUAUUUAUUACCAACACCAUGUGUAACAGGCAUUGACAUGACUAUUACUAUAUAUCAUAGAUAUUAAUUUAUAUAAAAUAAAGAGACCUAAUGUGAAUUUCAUCAAUUAAUUUUAAGCAAUACGAGUGCAUAGUAAUAAUGUCCGACAUGAGUGUACAAAAUUCGGCCGAUGAAGAAAUCAAUGAUCAUUAUUCAUAUCGAAAAAAUGUGCAAAUGCAGAAUUCUAAAAAACCCAAAAUCACUAUGAAAGCUAAACCAAAAAAACAGAAAUUAAUAAUGGUCAACACAAGCGAUCAAAAUUCAGAUGAUGAAGAAAUUGAUGUAUGUGCACCGGAACUUUAUAAUCAUCGGAAAAAUGAGCAAAUGCAGAAUUCUAAAAAACCUGAAACCGUUAUAAAACCUAAACCAAAAAAACAGAAAUUUCAGUCGCAUUUAUUAAAACUGGAACAAGAAUAUAAUGGUUUAACAACUAUGGUUAAUGAAAACUGCAUACGCGUAAAAAAAUCAGAUGGUGGAAAUUUUUGUAUCAAAAUACCCGAAAUCAAAACAGCAAGUGAUUAUUUGGUUAUUCAAAAAUACAAAACAUCGGACAUGGAAAAAGUAGAGUCAAAAGACAGGUAACU